AUGGAAGAAGAAGAGCCUAAAUCACAGAGCUUGAAAGAAGAAGACAAUGAACCACAGAGCUUUAAAGAACAGCCUAUUUCACAGAGUUUGAAAGAAGAGCCUAAAUCACAGAGCUUGGACGAUGAAGACGCUAAGUCACAGAGCUUAAAAGAAGACCUUCAAUCACUGAGCUUAGAAGGACGAGAUGGUUAUGCAUUCCCUGGAUUCAAUGAAAAUUCGUUGCAGUUCCUGGAUUCAAUAGACGGGUAUUUAACCCUAUUGGAUUCACUGUCUUGGACACUCCGACAGGGGUGGCUGCAAUUAGCAAGUGCUCGACAUUCAAUGGGUGAGUCACGUGUGAGCAGUGCUGUGUUGGACCUGAAAUCCCACCCUGCAAGCACAUUUUUGGAAGUAACCCAGCAAUCCAAUCCAGGAGUUGGGCAAAUUCAUCAUUUUACGUUGCACAAAUGGGCAUCCUUUGACAAUGACAAUGGAGCUCCACAUAUGGAUACGAGUCCACAGAUACGACAACGAAAGGAAAAGGAUGGAGCUCCACCUCCAGUUAAAGCCGAAGCUGACCACCAACAUCAGCUUCAAAAGGAGCGGUCUAAGUCACUGUUGGUGUUUGGCGGUUUGGUUUCACCAAAGCUACGGGCAGCACAACUCUCAUUCGAAUCUGCACUUGACGCCCUUGUAGAGAUUGCCAACAUGCGUUCUUUGAUGCUUUCCACUUUCCAUAAGGUCAGGGAAGAAGUGGAGGCUGCCAAAGCCAAAUGA